AUGACGGAGCAAACCCCUACAAUCAACCAACAACCACCACCCACGGACAAGGUCAACCCACCCGAGACUUCUAUGACCGGCUCUUCGCAGGUCCAUCUUCCGCGCAUUACUAUUAAAUUCUGCACACAAUGCAAAUGGAUGCUUCGGGCUGCCUACUUCGGCCAGGAACUACUCUCGACAUUCGGCACAGGCCUGGGUGAAGUCGCCCUAAUACCAGUGACAGGCGGCGUCUUCACUGUCACAAUGUACCAUGCAUCGCCAUCGUCUGCCACCAACGAUGACACGCUUACUGUCAGUGAAACGCUCCUUUGGGAUCGGAAAACGCAUGGCGGGUUUCCUGAAGUCAAGCAGCUCAAAUCCCUGGUUCGGAAUAUUAUCGAUCCAUCUCGAGAUCUAGGUCAUGUAGACCGAGCUCUUAAAGCGUCCAAGACUGCGACCUCUGCUGAUGCUCCCAAGGGCAAUGGCGAUACUUUGCAAACUGAUCAACGAGGCAAAGAUCAAGGGAAAGAGGACGACACAAACCAAGAGUCUCAGAAAGAUGCAUGUCAAGAUUGCCAAUAG